CAAAAAAUAGCACAAAAAAAGAAGAAAAAAACUUGAAGCGGCGUCUUUAUUUUUUGGAUCCGUGGCUUGGAGUUGGAGCACUUCUUGACCAUCGUUUUCGCUCUGAUCAUGGCCACAGACUUGCAGCCAAAACCCGAGAAGUCCAAAGUAAAGGAGGCAUAUGAUAAAGAAGCGCUGAAAGCACGGUGGCGACUACUUGGGCGGGAUCCGGAACAAAGCAUACUGUCGCUGAUUCGGCGGGCAUGUUAUCAUACCUUUGCAAGAGACGACUGGGGAAAAGUGUUACAGGGUAUCAAGGCCAGCUUUGUACAGCGUGAUUAUGAGGGUAUUUUCACGGAUGAAGAGAAUCUUCAAGUGUACAGCGCCGCCUAUGUUCCCGGCCGUGCACUUUGUUACUUUGAAAUUUUCUCUCGUCCACAGUUACGCAAACUUUUAGGCAAAGCUUGUCGCAUUUUUGCUGUGGGAUCUGGCAGUGGAUCUGAGUUGGUCAGUGUUGCGGCGGCCAUGACACGUGUUCCAGCCGAGCGUCAGCAAGUCCGGUUGAACAUGCAAGAUAUUGGUGCAUGGUCCUCGGUGCUCACUUGUUUUGAAACCACCAUACGACAAGAAUGGAAACUUACGACCGAACAGUUGGAAUGCGUGUAUGAGCAAGGCGAUGUUUUGAGCAAAGAGAACGAAUCGCGAAGAAAUGAGCUGAUCGCCCAGGCAGACUUGAUCACUUUUAUGUUCGUUAUGAAUGAACUGUUUGUGAACAAAACGGCUGCCAUGCAACUGAUUCAAACCUUAAUUCAAUCCAUGAAGAAAGGCGCGCUUCUUUUGAUUGUGGAGUCUGCCGGAUCGUUUUCCCACCUGCAGAUCGGCGGCAAAACGUACAUGCUUUACACGUUAUUGGAUGCGGUGAAAGACCUUGAAUGCGUGGUUGCAGAAGAUUCAAGGUGGUACAGGUGAGAAGGUUAACUGCAAAAUUUACUGUGAAUUUUGGAAUGAUUGAUCUUUCUUCUGUGCUGCUUUAGGCAUCCUGACCACUUAAAAUAUCCCAUUGACGUC